GGAUCAGCUGAUGCGUCACGUGGCGCCCUUUUUGCAAGAUGGAGUUGAGCGAGUCGGUGCAGAGGGGGCUGCAGCUCCUGGCCGAUCCGUCCGUCGUGGAUCCCGGCAGUUUCCAGGUGCUGCUGGAUGUCUCCUUCCGGGGUCUGCUCGCGUCUCGGGCCGACCCCGCGAUCCUCGAUCAGCCCGAACUGAAGCACAUCGACAGGAUCCAAGUGAAGCAGAUCCACGCAGCGCUGGCCACGUUCAUCCUGGAGGCGGUCAAACACAACGCCGACAAGUCCUCCAUAAGCUCCUGCCUUGAGGAGCUCACAUUCAGCCCAGAAAGAUUAGAACUAUUCUUCACCACCCAUCAGAAACAUAAAAAAGAGGUUGAGAGUCUACUCAGCAGCAUAGGGAGACGUCUUCCUCACGUUCACGACGUCUCUUGGCGUCUGCAGUACCAAAUGAAGAACGGGCAGCUGGAUAAGAUCAAUGAGCCUUUCUACCUGAUAUCGCUGAACACCGAGAAUGAGGGGUCACCGGAGGAUGUCAACUUUACCUGCACAACCGAACAGCUGCAGGAUCUGGUGGCAAAGUUAAAAGACGCUGCUAAGAGUGUGGAGAAAGCCAGUCAGAUGUGACGCCCUGCAGCUACAAAACCUUCACUACACUUUUUUCCCCCUCAUUAUCUUUGUUUUGUUUAAAUGUGUUGGUUACGAUUUUGUACACGAGUAUUGGCGAGGAGAAUAAAAUCUCAUGUUUGACAAAUAAA